AUGUCUUCUCGUCCGGGAGCCCUCCAGGAGCAGUACAACAAGCAGAUCCCCGACCCCGCGGACCAGUCAGGCUACCGCGCGACGGUAGAGACGCAGCGUCAGGACUUCGUCGGCGCAGACCCUGCCAUUGAGCGUCAAGAGGGCACGAAGCUCUACCCUCGUCCCGAAGACGUUCAGACCUGGGAGACGGAGAAGCAGCCGGACCCUGCACCGGGCCAGGGCAAGGUAAGGGUACUCAGGAUGUUUGCUGGCGAAGUGAAGGCUGACUUGUGCGACGCAGAGCUCCGGUGGCAAGUCGCAAGGACGGCACCAUAAUUCAGAACGUCCGGGGAGGUUGGAGGAUUAAG